UUCUUAUAUAAACUACAAUUCAAAUAAAUCUUACCCUCUUCAUUAUUUAAUAACAUGUCUUCCAUAAAACCAAAAACCCAUUAAAAUUGUUCAUCUUCAUAAACCAAAGUUUCAAUCUUUAAUCCCAAUAACUUACACUUUGUUUAUAAAAACUAUGGAAGCUCAUAUUCAAAUCAAUGGCAACCUAAGCUUGGAAAAUUAUUCAUCUGACAAUAUAGAUGAUGAUUAUGAUCAUGAACAAAUUUCUGAUUGCGAAAGUUGCAUUAGCAAUGAGAAUGAGAGGAUUCAAGGAUUGUUUGGUGAUGAUUAUUUGAUUAGAUUAAACGAAAACGAUGCGAUUUUCGACGUAAUUGGGCAUGUGUUCAUGUCAAAUAUGGGAGGUUUUGGGAAGAAAAAUAAUACCAUAAUUGAAGCUAUUCAUAAGAUGAAUUGGUCAUAUUCUCGUACAAUGUUAGCAAGGUUUAAAUGCUUUAAUAUAUUUCGUGCAGCAUUAUUGGAGGAUGAUGACAAUAGUAGCUUUAAUAAUGGUGUUACAAGUUGCAUGAAAUAUGGUUGGUAUUGUGAUGAUAAAGAUGGGAUUCAAAGGAUUGUUUCUCUUGGUUUUGGUCAUCUUCAACUUGGUAAUCGUGAUGGUGUUCGUCUUUCCCCCGUUAACUCUCUUGCUCAGAGUGUGCAAAAUUGUGGUAUUGAUGAAAAUGGGCUAAAACAUGUUAUACUUUGCCGAGUUCUAGUAGAGAAUGGAGAGAGCUCGAAGGAGCUCAAUUCUGAAGUUGAUGAUGUUGUUUCUCCAAGUGAAUAUAUUGUUUGGAGUACCAAGAUGAACACUCAUAUUCUGCCAGAAUAUGUCGUAUCUUUCAGAACUUUUCUGUGCUUGGACGGGUUUUCAAAAGGUGGAUACUUGGGGAAGAAACCAGCAGCUUCUCCUUGGUUGCCUUUCUCAACUUUGAUCUCGACUAUUUCCGAGUUCUUGCCUCCACCAACCAUUAAUUUGAUUAAUGAGCAUUACAAGGAUUUUAAGAAAGGGAAAAUCACUCGCCGGAAUAUGAUAGAGAGACUUACGCGUUAUGUUGGAAAGGAAUUAUUAAUCAAGAUCAUUAAACGUUGUGGAGCCAAGAUAGUUUCUCCCUGAAAAUACGAAUGAAAUUAAAGAGGCCACGAAAAAUUCACCUAAUCUAUUCCCAGAUGGGGCAAAGCCAGUGCAUGAUAUGAAUUGCAAAAAUGGACAAGAACAUAUAUAUGAAUAUGAGAGGCCUCUUUUGAAUUUUGCAUUAUUCUUCAUGUUUUUAGUAAUAUAUUUUUGCUUGAGUCACCUAUAACUGUAAUGAGUGGAAACUUUAUUGGUUGCUUAAGUCAUUAGAAUUUUCAUGUAAAGAUAUUUGAUUUAAUUUACAUAAUAUUCUUUUCACUUA